AUGUCCCCCCCGGCCUCGGCGGCCGCGGCCAGCGAGGGAGGCAGCAGCACCUCGGUGCCUCAGGAGGAGGCGGAGGGGGUCCGAGAGGAGCAGCGGCCAGUGAAGCAAUCCCUCAGCAAGUCCCUGUGCCGAGAGUCUCACUGGAAAUGCCUGCUGCUAUCGCUCCUCAUGUAUGGCUGCAUGGGAGCCAUGACCUGGUGCCACGUCACCAAGGUGACUCGUCUGACCUUUGACAGUGCUUACAAGGGCAAGUCCAUGAUGUACCAUGACAGCCCAUGCUCCAAUGGCUAUGUCUACAUCCCCUUGGCCUUCUUGGUGAUGCUCUAUGUGGUGUACCUGGUGGAGUGCUGGCACUGCUACACCCGCAACGAGCUGCAGUACAAGGUAGAUGUGGAGAGCGUGCACGAGCGUGUCCAGCGGAUGCAGCAGGCAACCCCCUGUAUCUGGUGGAAAGCCAUCAGCUACCACUAUGUCCGGAGGACCCGACAGGUUACCCGCUAUCGCAACGGGGACGCCUACACCACAACCCAAGUAUAUCAUGAGCGGGUCAACACCCAUGUGGCAGAGGCCGAGUUUGACUAUUCCAAUUGUGGAGUUAAGGACAUUUCCAAGGACCUCAUUGACUUAGAGAGCUACCCAGCCACACGGCUCCGUUUCACCAAGUGUUUCAGCUUUGCCAAUGUGGAAUCAGAGAACUCCUACCUGACCCAGCGGGCCCGCUUCUUCACAGAAAAUGAGGGCCUGGAUGACUACAUGGAGGCCAGGGAGGGGAUGCACCUCAAAAACGUGGACUUCAAGGAAUAUAUGGUGGCCUUUUCUGACCCAGACAACCUGCCUUGGUAUGUAUCCCACUAUGUCUUUUGGGUGGCUGCCCUGCUGACCCUGUCCUGGCCUCUACGGGUGCUAAAUGAGUAUCGCACCUCUUAUGUCCACUACCAUGUGGAAAAACUCUUUGGGUUUGACUAUGUGGCGGUGACACCGGCUGAGGAGCGCUCCUUCUGCCGGAGGAUGCCCCGCGUCAACACAGUGGACAGCACUGAGCUGGAGUGGCACAUCCGGUCCAACCAGCAGCUGGUCCCCAGCUACUCAGAAGCGGUCCUGAUGGACUUGGUGGGGCUAUCUGGCUGCACUAGCUACUCUGCUUGCCGGUAUGGGGGCUAUCGUCAGAACUGCGAGCGGUGCCACAGGACUAUAAGCAGCUCUUCCAUCUUCUCCCGCAGUGCCCUGAGCAUCUGCAAUGGCAGCCCCAGGAUCCCCUUCAGCAGCAGCCGCUUCUCACUGGGCCGUCUGUAUGGCUCGCGACGCAGCUGCCUCUGGCAGAGCCGGAGCGGGAGCCUGAACGAGCAGAGCUGCCCGACGGAGCAGACCCGCCUCUCCAGCCAGGUUACUGUGGAGGAGGAAGACCCCCCUCCUUACCAGGAUGCCCUUUACUUCCCCAUCCUCAUUGUGCACCGCAAUGAAGGCUGCCUGAACCAUGACCAUCGUCACCUCCACCGCAAUGGAUCCUGUGUGGAGACCUCACUGUGAGAACAGAGGGCAGUGAGAUCCCAUUGGCGAUUGCCCUGCCUGGGCCAGUGAGGAUUUGGGGAGAAGAGUGUGGGGAAGGGAAAUGGCCUAGGAGGAUGAGGCUGGGUGGAGUGGACACAGCCUCUCGCUCUGCCAGUCAGCAAAAGUUUUCCCCACAGUGGCUCUGACCUCAUGGAGGGAUGAGUGAUGGUGCUCCCUAUGGCAUGGCAUAGAACUCCAGAUCAACCACCACUUGCCAAAAAAAAAAAAAAAAAAAAAGAAAAAAAAACCACAACUCCCCAAACCAUAAUUCAUGGCAUCAAAUCCAAGGUGGGGAAAGACAGACCUGAUGCAGGGAAGGGAGUGCUUUGACUCUCAGCUCUGUUUCCAUGCUAGCUUGUGCUCCAAGGAAACGGCAACUACCAGAAAGCACCUGCUGCACCUGCGACCACCUCUGUUACCACAGUGGAGUAAGACCCCUCACAGGGUGGAGGGGAAUGGGCCCAGCAGCACAUUCCCCAUGGGAGUGGUGUUUAACUGCUCAUGCCUAAAAGUCUGGGGCAUCCAGGCACGUGGAGCUGACUGGCAGGUUAGAGAAAAGGCUGAAAGCCAUGAAUCCAGCUCUUCCCCUCCCCUCCACCAUUCCCUACCCUCCCAUUUUUUUUUAGACCAUGCUCCGACUGUUACACUGUUCUUACUGCUGGGAAUGACAUCA